UUCUUUAGCCUGGGGGUGCGGGAGUUUGCGCGAUCGCACAUCGAGGCGCUGGAGUUCAAGUGCUGAUUCCUGCUGGCGGCAGGCAGCCAGGCAGGAGCCGGCAAGAGGCUGCAGCAGUCACAGUUCUGGCUGGCUGGCGCGCAGGCCGCACUGUAGCAGGCGGCCGCUGACCUGAGGCUCAUGAGGGAGAUGCAGAUACUGGCCAAUCAGCAAUGGGAUUAGCUGGAGACUGCGAAGUUGCUGGUCGUGCUAGACCGACAGCGCGAAGCUCAGGCAGCGGAGGCGGACUUAGCCGCAGCGCAGGGCCGUCUGGCGCAGGUGCGGCAGCUGCCGCACUGCGCGGAGUGCCGCCGGCUGCCCCUCGCUGCUGGCACUGUCGGCGGCAUGCCGGUCAUCAGCGGUCCGCAAGUCGCACGCAACAUCCUCACAACCGUGGGCAGCUUUGACGGCCGCCCGGGGCACUACGGCCACUAUCCGCUGCUGGCGCACAUGUACCGGUAUGCGGCGCACUACGCGCCGCUGCGCAUGGACGAUUGAGGCGGCGGGGCCGCGCGUCAACCUCAGUGGCCUUGGACUCGUGGUCAGUGAGGUGGCGAAUCAGCUGGACCAAAACAUCGUGAACCAACGUGAACCUGCGCAACUGGCUGUGCCGGUUCUGACGCAUCAAGGUGGACGAGGUGAUGAAGCGCCGUCAGCUGCCCCAACUGUCACGCCAGCGGCUGUUGUCGCUCGUCUGGCUGCUGCCAUCCUGUCGGACACGCAGCUGUCGGACGCCAGUGUCCCGCCGGCAGCGCAGCCCACACGGGAGGACCUGAUGCAGCUGGUGCGCGACAAGCAAGCCAAGGGCCACGAGCAGGGCUUUCUGCUGGGGCCGGGGCGGAGCCAGGAGGACCUGGAACACGGCACGGCGUGUGUGGUCUGGGCGGCGGACAUCUCAGUGGACCUGGCGGAUGCAAUGCUGCUGCAUAGGGCUGCUAAGCAGGCAGCCCUGCAGCCAGUGCAGCAGCUACUAGUACCACAGCACAGCAGAGGCGGCGCUCUGCGCGGCCCGGCAGCGAGUGCGGGAUGCCCAGCCAUUUGCCCUCAGCCCCCAGCCGAACUUCAUACCCGUGCACAUUCACCUGAACCCCAGCAUCCGCCGGGAUGCCAUUCUCCCUCAUCUGGGGGCCCUUGCUCAGCUGGUUGCACACAACCUAGAGGCUCAGCGGCCACAGGCGAUGCACAUCCGCCCACAGCAUCGCUGGCGGAAGAAGGACGCCCCGGCACCAGGCAGCGGCAGCAGUGCGAACGGGGGUGCAGGCGACUGCGACGGCGCGGUGGUGGCGGCGCUAUGCUCCGGGUGCGCCCAUCGCUCCGCCCAUCGCUGCCGCCGCCUCUGCGAUGCCAGGCGGCGGUGGCAAUGCGAACGGGGGCGCAGGCGGCGGCAGCGGCGGUGGUGGCGCUCGGGGCCCGCCUUCCCCAAUAUGAAACUCGCCCACGUAGUGCCGAAGUGGUUGUUACCCAGCGCAGGCACGCGGAGGCAGGGUCGGGGCAAGCCCUAUCAUAGCCGCAGCAUGAACACCCUUGCCCGCCUAUCCAGCACAGAACAGCGACGUGAACAGUGCCUGCAACUUGCUCCUGCUGCGUGUUUGGCUGGUACGCCGAAGUCAACAACGCCAAGCAGCAGGGGCAGGCGGAGGCCCAGGAGGAGGUAGGAGGAGGAGGGGCCGCAGCAGCACGACAUGGACGGGGAGGACUAGUCCAGCUGCUGGUUGCAGGUGUGAGGCCUUCAGCGGCUGUGAAGCAUGUGUGUGCAGUGUGAGGAGAUUGAGGUCGGUAUAUAUGGGAUAUAGGAAAAUAGGCGGCAGGGAAAACUCGGUCGGAGCGAGAAGCUACCUUGCGCGUCCAUGGACAAGAAGCGGCGCCGGUGCGCAGGUUGAGGCCGGCCGGUGUCUGGUUAGGGUCUUUGCCGGCGAGCAUAGCACAGCACAGUAUAUGGUAGGCUGCAAGCAGUAGUGAGGAGUGUUGUGGCUAGCGAAUAUCUUGCUGUUUGUUUGUUGAUUGCUGGCUGUGCUUGCGCUUGGCAGCGGGACGUGGCUGGACACAAUAUGGUGGGCCGUGCCUGUACACGUUGAGGUGUCCGGCCGUCGUUUAUGUGUGAGUAGCCUGCCCCGUUGACUGACAGGAGGGGCUCACAUCCAUAUCCUUGCGGUGUUGGUUUGGGCGGCGGUUGCCUGGACCUGGGCCCCAGGCCGUGCCGAGUAGGUGGACAAGGUGGAGAGACUCGACUGGUGCCCCAAGCGGAAUACCAUGAUUGCCCUUGCACCACCAUGAGGGUGCCUCGACCGGGUUGGCAUUGUGCUAGGCGCAUUGCCGUCGGUCCACCCAGAGUCUUCUCAUCUAGGGUGCCUCCAGCUUGCGGGCUUGGUCCAAACCACAGCACAAUGUGGGGACCUAACCACCGACUCCUACUCCUGCUUACGCAAUCUUGUCCACCUUAAUCUAACUACUAUACCAGCUCAACACGAUUGGCAACAACAGGUUACAGCCGCCGAUCUGCAGCCGCCAGCAUUCACCACUCUCACCAGCCUGCACCAGCAUGGCAGCAGCAUCCAGGUCCUCCAAGGCUCCAAUUCAGGGCCAAGGGAAGGACAACGGGACGUGGUAGCUACGCGUGGUAGCUCUGUGCGGUAAUUUGUUCGAGCCAGGGCAGGACUACAGCCCCGGCCAGCCGCUUGCCGUGAGACUCACAACUAAGCAGAUGUUGACGUCGGUGUGUGGGGUGCCAGGGGUGUGGGGCGCUCGCGCCCCCUGAACGAGGGCCAGCCAUCUGGGGCUGCCACUUCGGUCUGCCUGGGGCCCGCGAUGGGGACUCAAUCGGGACUGACUGCC